CUCUGAGUUUGUCAGUUUCCUUACUGUAGCGGAUCUUCGUGUGUGUGCCUGCUGGAGACGCUUUGGUAGUUAAUUAUCCGUUUUUAAAGGAGCACCGGGAGGACAAGGAGUCUCUGAGCUAGAGGAGGGAUUUCUAUGUGACAAGUCUGCAGUCUACCUGUCCUGGUUGUAUCCAAGAAGGAGUUCCUACAAACACUUCAGCUCCUCGCCAUACCAGUCUGGGACAUACGUCACUCAUGCAGCUUAAAACUUGACCUGCACUGGCCUCUAAAACCCAUUACACUCCAAUUCAAGGAAGCCAUGCAAAACUGACGCUGGAGUGACAGAACUGACAGAGGAGCUAUGUUAUAAGGAUUGUUUGUUGUGUACUCUUGACCACCUGGAGCCUGUUGAUUUUUUUUUUUUUUCUUUUUUUUUUUGCUGAGAGGAAGUUUUUACAAUGGGGAGGAAGAAGAUCCAGAUAACUCGGAUUGUAGAUGAAAGAAACCGACAGGUGACUUUCAUGAAGAGGAAGUUUGGUCUGAUGAAGAAGGCGUACGAGCUCAGUGUUCUGUGUGACUGUGAAAUUGCCCUCAUCAUCUUCAACAGCUCCAACAAACUCUUCCAGUAUGCCAGCACCGACAUGGACAAAGUCCUGCUGAAAUACACCGAGUACAAUGAACCCCAUGAGAGCAGGACCAACUCUGACAUUGUAGAGGCUCUCAACAAAAAGGAGCACCGAGGCUGUGAGAGCCCCGAUCCAGACACUACAUAUGUUCUCACCCCCAGUACUGAGGAGAAGUACAAGAAGAUCAACGAAGAGUUUGACAACAUGAUGAAGAGCCAUAAAAUUUCCACAGGUCUCUCUCACCAGAACUUCAUGCAUGUAGCAGAAGGCAGCAUGUCGUACAGCUCUGCUUCAGGUGGAGGAGGAGGAGCGACCUCUCAGGCUCUGGCUGCAGCCACAGCAGCUCUGGCUGACAGCGGGAUCCUGUCUUCACCUCACAGUCACCUCCACAGAAACAUCAGCUCUCCACAGAGACCAUCUAGCACAGGAAACACAGGUGGUCUACAUGGCAGUUCUGAUAUGGCUCUCCAAAAUGGAUCUGGGCCAGUUGUGAACGGUUUCGUGGGCUCACCUGGUGUAAGCAGCUUAGGAAAGAUCCUACAGUCCAAAUCUCCUCCUCUCCCUCCUCCUGGAAACAGUCUGGUCCCCACCAGCCGCAAGACUGACCUCCGAGUGGUCAUCCCGCAGUCCAAAGGGAUGAUGCAAACACUGAGUAACCAGAGGCUCAGCAGCACUCAGUCUAACCAGCCUCUGUCCACACCUGUGGUUUCCAUGACAACACCCAGUCUGACCCACCAGAGUCUGGCCUACUCCGGCAUCAGCUCCGCCUACAACAACGAGUACUCCCUGAACAGCGUUGAGCUGCCAGCCUUCAGCUCUCCUGCUGGCUCCUCUCUUGGCUCCAUGGCAGCAUGGCAACAACACCAACUGAGCUCACUGAGCUCUGGGAGCUCCAAUCUCUCCAUCAACACCGACCACAAUGUCAACAUCAAAGCCGAGCCCAUCUCCCCACCUCGAGACCACCUCAGCCAGUCAGGGUACAUGAUACAGGCUCACGCCCCUCCUCCUCCUCAUGCCUCGUCAUCAGCCAGAGCAGAGAUGGGAAGGUCUCCUGCAGACAGCGUCAGCUCUUCCUGCAGCUCACAUGAGGGCGGCAGCGAGCGGGAGGAGCAGCAGCAGCGGCGGCCGGACUUCCACCCGCUCCCUGUGAGCCGCUCGGAGGGAAGGCAGAGUCCGACAGUCAAACGCAUGAGGAUGGACAGCUGGGUGACAUAAAUACAACAGUAACAUGAAGACACAACACCAGGAAAACACAGGAAGGACACUGAUAUGCAAAUAAGAUGUGGAUUUUAUUGAUGUGUUUUGUUAUUUUUCAUUAUUAAGAUGUUUGUUUUUAUCUUAAUGAAGCUCCGGUUUAUGUCUCAGAAAAUCUUUAUAGGCACUAAAAACCAAAAAGAUCAGUCCUUUCAAAGCAUAAAUAAUUUUCAGCACCACAAAUGUUUAUAUGGGUCCAAUUGCAGUACAAUCAGUCGUUUUCUUAUCAGGUGGAGUAAAUGCAGUACAAAGGGUCAAAAAGGUGAGAUUGGGUUUACCCUUCAGUCUUGCUGCUUCAUAAAUCAAGGUUGAAAGUGGUGAAGUGCUUCUGGAUGUCUCUCACGGGCAAAGGUGGCAAAACUUUACACUCUUUUUAAGAAGUACAGAUAAUAUUUUUUUAAGAAAGUGACUGGUGAAAAUAAAGUAAUGAUAAAACUUAGUAAAAAGUACAAGCUGCUGAGGUGUAGUCAGAAUAGCAAAAGCAGGAUUCAUAUGACAGCAAUCUUCACUGUCUUUAUUUGACUUUUUGUUUUAAUUUGAUGACUAAACGUAACAUUUUUCUCUAUCUUCUACAUCCAUAUUUACAUCAUAAUGUAUCAUUUUGACCCCCAUGCCCUCAACUAGCUUUGUAAUCCAAAAUUUAUUACAAAACAUCCACCUACACUAUUUAGAUUUUUACAAAUCACACAACCACAAAAACAAGCCUCACCCCUCUUCUUGACGCAACACUGCACUUUCACUGCUGGUAAGUGUACGCCUCUACAGGCAUAUAACUACUAGGUAGUAGUCUUGUUUUGUUUCUCAAUUGGUUAUUUGAUUUUAAUUUUAUUAUUGUGUCAUGCAUAAACAAAAAUGCCUAGCCAAAAUAGACUUACAAGACGCCAAUAUAAAUACAAAAAGAAUAAUACUAAUGAAACAAACCGUCCUAAUGAUUAGAGCUGUGAAAAAAUAUCGAUAUGGCAAUAUACCACGAUACUUUGACAUCCGAUACAAUAUCGAUACUUCAACUCUUAAUAUCGAUUUUUUGGUAAAAAAUAAAAAUUCAUAUUUUAGCUGAGUUGUUAGUAAAAUACAACUUGCUCAUACGUUUGUGUGAGCACAAACAGCGAGUUAAAGAAAGGAAAUGCCGUUUGCAAGCUCUGUCUUGCUGCUGUGAAAUAUAGCGGGAAGACCACCAACGUAUUGUGUGAUUUACAUAUACAUCAUCUCUAUAUUUUUCUUAGUUAACUUUGUAGAAUAUCACAAUAUAUCACAAUAUUCUGAUAUCCUGAUAUAUCGUGAUACUAUCGUAUCGUGACCCAAGUAUCGUGAUGUGUAUCGUAUCGUGAGGCUCUUGCCAAUACUCACCCCUACUAAUGAUUCUGCCAGGCUUUUGUGUAUAAACGUAAAAAUAUUGAAAGUUAACAACCUCUCCAUCCUGUCAUCAUCAUUACUCAAAAUUAUUUCAUGAUUUUUAACAGACUUUUCAUUAUAGCAGUGUUAAUGUUGGCAGCUGUUUUUUUUAGUUUUAGUAUUUAGAUGAAAUGUCUUAGUUUUAGACACAUUUUUGUCAUUUCUACAUUUUUACUGUUAGUCUAGUUCUAG